GUGUAUGCGAAAUCGCGCUUAUUUGUUUUUGUACACAUUUGUCUGCAUUUGUCUAAAGAAAGGAGAAACAUAUGCAUUGUUUGAAUGUAUCAAGAUGUCGGUGAACACAAAACCACCUGAAGUGUUUCCCUUGUUCUUUCUAGUCAGUAAUAAUUCCAGUUCAUAACGGUUCCCUUUGGCUUGAAUCAUGUUUCAAUGGCAUUACCUCCCAAGACAUUUUAAAAACAAUGGAAAUUGAAGUGUCAAUAUACAAUGAUAGCAGUACUGAUAAUACUCAAGACAUUAUUGAAAAGUGGCAGUCUAAAUUAAAAGGCUCAAAUCUACUAAUCACUGUGUCACAUGGACAAGGACAACCCAAAGGAGUUGGUUUUGCUAAAAAUCGAGCAGUCGAGCAGUCUUGCGGAAAAUUCUUAUGCUUUCAGGAUGUGGAUGAUGAAAUGCUUCCCUGCCGCCUCUCUCUUCAGUUAGAAGAAGCGAGGAAGUAUCCUCUGGCUAUUGUAGGAUCAAAGUUUUUAAGGGAUCCUCCACAAUCUACGCAUCGAUUUGCCCGGUGGGCUAAUGAACUUGACCAACAAAAACUCUCGCUUCAAGUUUACACAUCACAUGGACCGACAGUAAUAAUGCCAACUUGGUUUUGCAGCAGAGAGGUGUUUAAUCGGGCUGGCAAAUUUUCUGAAGCUGGUAAAGGAACUCCAGAAGACUUAAUAUUUUUUUACAAACAUCUGGAUGAAGGAGGAACAGUGCGACGAAUAGAUGAAGUAUUACUGAUUUAUCGCUACCAUGAAAAUGCCACCACAUUUUCAAUACUUGAGGAUACAAUUUGGAACAUUCGAAUACAGCGGUUGAUCAACAAGGAACUUCAGAAGUGGUCCAAUUUCACCAUAUGGAAUGCUGGAAAGCAGGGUCGAAGAUUUUACAGAUCCCUUCCACAAAGUCUUCAAGAAAAAGUAUGGGCCAUGUGUGACAUUGAUAAAAAGAAAAUAGGCCAAAGCUACCAGCCAUAUUUUCCAGAUGACCCAGAGAGAAAUAAAAACACUAGACCAAUUCCCAUAGUUGGAUUUCAACAAGCAUCACCCCCUUUUAUUAUUUGUAUAAAACUUGAUUUGACGGAUGGAAACUUUGAGAAAAACCUUGCCUCAUUAAACUUAUCAGAGGGUGAAGAUUAUGUGCUGUUUAGUUAGUACACCCAAAAAUUUGUGACUUAAUUUUAUAUAUUUAUUGACUAUUGAUGACAAAGCAAGUACAGAAAGAGGACAAAAAAAUAAAA